GUAGCGACUGGUGACUGACAGAAGCCGGGGGCUGAAAACCGUUGUUGGUCGUCUCGGUUGCCUAACCGAGACAUCAACACCACAGAGGAAGACAGGCCCUCUGGGAAGUCAUGAUUCCACUUGUGGUAGCUAGCACCUCUCAGCACCACACCCACUGAGUGAUGGUCACAGAGUCCACAACAACCAAGACCGCGACGGACCGACCACCCCUCCAGUCUGCACACUGACGCCCCCUCACCACUGAAGUCCAGUGGCAGCACUGGCAACGAGCUCCAGUUUGACACCUCCACCCUGACCCCUCGCCGCCAUGCUCUUCUCCCUGCGAGAGCUGGUCCAAUGGCUGGGCUUCGCCACCUUCGAGCUCUUCCUUCACCUGGGCGCGCUGCUGGUCUUCAGUGUGCUGGUGGCCCUGCGCGUGGACGUGCUGGUGGCGCUGAGCUGGUGGCUGGUCUUUGUGCCGCUGUUCGCCGCCGACGGCCUGAGCACCUACUUCACCACCAUCGUCUCCAUCCGGCUGUACCAGGAGGGCGACCGGCGUCUGGCCGUGCUGCGCCUGCUGUGGGUGCUGACGGUGCUCAGCUUGAAGCUGGUGUGCGAGGUGCUGCUGUGCCAGAAGCUGGAGGGCCAGGAGCAGGCGCGCGAGCUCUGGUUCGGCCUCAUCGUCUCGCCCGUCUUCAUCCUGCUGCAGCUGCUCAUGAUCCGCGCCUGCCGCGUCAACUAGACACCAGGGGGCGCUGACGAGGCAGCAACCAGCUCUCUUAACACUCUCCCGCCCGCCAUUGCUUGACAUGUCAACCGGUAGGUCGCCGACUGACCAGGCCGGGCCAGCAAGGGACAACAACUCAUGCUGACUCUAAUAGCACCCCCCCCCCCCUUUGUCCGCCAUCACUCUCUGCAUUAACUACAUUUUGCACCAGGCGCCGACCAGGCCCAACAAAGAACAACCCCCUGACAACUACACACCAACAAACCCUGUGGCAGUCCCUGCUGCGUCAACUAGGCGCUGACGAGCUUUCUAGUAGCCCCGCACCAUCACAUGUUGUGUUGACUAGACACCAUUUGGUCAACCCCUGAUAAUAAGACAUCAACGAGCCCCCUAAACGCCCUUGCCCCACCCAUUCACCUGCCACAUCAACUAGGCACCAGGACAUGGGCCCAUGUCAACUGGACACCAACAAGCUUUCUGAUAAUGCCCCAUCACCCACUGUGCAUCUAGGCUAGUUGCCGGCUGGCCUGGGCCUAGCACAGGACAACCCCUGACAACAGAACUAUACACCAACAAGCCCCCCUCUCCUAGCCUGCUGUGUCAACUAGGCUAGGCAGCACCGUCCGGGCCGGACAGCUAGACACCAAUGAGCUCUCUACUAGUCCCCCACCAUCACACACAGUGCAACUAGGCAUCGACACAGACCAGACAACCCCCUAGACAUCAACAAGCCCAGUGGCAGUCUCCCGUCAUCGCUUGCCAUGCGAGCUUAUAGUGGUUGACUGGGCAUGGCGAGUAGACACCAACGACCUCUCUGGUAUGAUGAUUAGACACCAACAACCUCUCUGGUGGUCCCCCUGCUAAUGCCUGCUGGGUCAACUAGGCUCCGCACCAGACGGCUAUAUACCAACUAGCUCUCUACUACUGUAGUCCCUCGCUAUCACCUGUGUCAACUACUAGGCACCAGCAAGGGCCAGCCAGGGACAACACCCCCACCCCUUACCCCCGGCCAGUUUUCUCAGCCACCAAUCAGCCACUCUUUCCCCCUGGCAGCUUUUGGGGGCCGCCAUUUUCCGACGCCCACUUUUGCCAGCUAGAAAACCAGUUAUGAGUUACGAGUCCGACUGUCUUUGGCCACCUUCCUCUCCUUUGCCCAUGCACACUCCAUUUUGAGGUACUGAUGAGAAGUCAGGUAAUGCAUUGCAACGCAAGGGAAUGCAUAACGACGGCUCUCAGAGCCAUAGGGUGCAUCCCAAUAUGUGUCCUUGCCUCCUCCACUUGCGCUUGUCUCCUCGUCCCACCUCCUGGCCCCUCCUCCGUGGAGAAAACGAUAAAGUUUCCCAGCUGUCAGCCUCACCACAACAACUUUUGAGGGACUGUUUUUCAUUCACCAUCCCAAUUGCAAAUGAGAAAAAGACUUUACAAUUGAGCUUUUGCAAGAUAUUGAAAUAUAAUGCUGUUGUCAGUGAUGUCAUCAUGACGAGAAGCAAGUGGAGGAGGCAAGUGGAGGAGGCAAGGUCACAUAUUGGGAUGCACCCAUGGAGUGAGAAGGACCCUCAUGCUAUCUCCCACCUCUACCCACUUUGCCCUGUCUGCACUACUUACUAUUAACCCGACCACAUGUGGAGCUAUAGGCCUCGUCCUGAAGACACGCAGUCCACUCAGACUCCUGGGUUUUCAUGGGCAGAGAGUAUGAGUUGACUGUGAGAGGUAGGGCUUAGUGGUAUGGAUGACACGAAAGGUAUUUUAAGUUAAGAAUGGGACAGAUGUAUGCAUGUGUUGUGUCUCUGUAUGAGCUGGAUAUUGUAUUUUUAUUGUGCAAUUGGUUUGCUCUAAACAUUUCUUGUUUUUUGUCCUUUUGUUGUACUCUCAAGUGGGAUUCAGAAGUCUUUUCUGGGCUGUUCUUGUUGGUUUGUUAUUUAAUUGUGCUUCUCAUGAAGUGCUUGCCUGAAUGUUUGUAUAAAUUGUAAAUAAAUGAGACAUUUAAGCCUU